UCACCCCCUCUGUGUUACGGGAGCGGAGUGGCGGCCGCCUGAGGGGGCUCCGCGGUGAUGGCGGCUGCCCCGUCCCCUUCGUCGCCGGGCGGCCCGGAGCCGGAGCCGCCGGCGGUGCGGUACAGCGAGCUGCUGCAGCACCUGGUGGGCGAGCGGCGCCGGCCCCGAACCUGGGACCCCGCCGCCCUGGGAGGCAUCCCCAGCCCGGCCAAGAGCGAGGAGCAGAAGAUGGUGGAGCGGGCCAUGGAGAGCUGCGCCUUCAAGGCGGCGCUGGCCUGCGUGGGGGGAUUUGUUCUUGGAGGAGCGUUUGGUGUCUUCACAGCUGGCAUCGACACCAACGUUGGGUUUGAUCCCAAGGAUCCCUAUCGCACGCCAACUGCGAAGGAGGUGCUGAAGGACAUGGGGCAGAGAGGCAUAUCCUAUGCGAAGAACUUCGCCAUCGUUGGCGCUAUGUUCUCCUGCACUGAGUGUGUGGUAGAAUCGUAUCGUGGAAAGUCAGACUGGAAGAACAGCGUUAUUAGUGGCUGCAUCACAGGAGGAGCGAUCGGCUUCAGAGCUGGUUUGAAGGCAGGCGUUAUCGGCUGUGGAGGAUUCGCCGCUUUCUCUGCAGCAAUUGAUUACUACCUACGGUAACAGUGGGAUCCCUUGGGAGCAAGUCUUCCUUGUGUUCCAGUGCUGCUGCGAAGAGCCUGCAUCACAGCAGAAGAACCGUCGAGCUUACCUUUCCACUGCUUUGGAGUCCUGAUCAGUGCAAGCUGGAUGGUGCUGGCUGCUUCUCCUGAAUGACUAACAAUAAUCUGGCGCUGAGCCUUGGCAUGCUGCUUCAGGCAGACUUGCAGGAAUAUGCAAGGAUGGAGCCAGGCGCAGUGAGCAGUAUCACCAGGACGGAUCAGCUGACUGUCAGUUUCCAGGAAACAAGCCUGGACUCUGAGCUUUCUGGAUCCUUUGGGUCUGAUUUUGAUUAAGUCUGUUGCUAGCAUCAAAAGAGGCAGGAGGACAAUUUCGUAAAGAAAUGCAGUGGUUUAGAUGACCGUGUAUUUGAACGUGCUGCAAGUGUUUAGCAGUUACCAGUUUGCAGCUUGCUGUUCUGUUGGGGAGAGGUAAGAUCCUGUGGAGAAAUAGUUUGUUCCAGGCUUUUCUUAAAAUACCAACUGAAGACAAACCAC